AUGAGUAGUUGGACCAACUUCUUACAAUCUAGUAAUGAGUAUGAGAAAGGUAUGGAGGAUUAUUUAGAUAAAGCGUUUUCUACUCAAGCAAUUGGUGAUCAGAUUACUUGCCCGUGUAAGGUGUGUUAUCACCGCUUUUGGCAUCGUAGAGAGACAGUAUUCAAUCAUUUGAUUGUAAACGGGAUCGAGCCUGGCACUGAAGGAUGGCAUUGUUAUGAAAAGGGUAUGUCAUCGACAUCAAAUACAAAGAGGAAUGUUGAAGAUAAUACAUCAGACAUGUAUGAUGAUAUUGAACGUUUUAUAUAUGAUGUUCAUAGAGACGUGGCAGAAAGGUAUGAAGAGGUUGGAGAUGAGCCCAAUGAUGAGGCUAAGAAGUUCUAUAAGUUAGUUGAAGAUGGAAAACAAGAGCUAUAUCCUGGCUGCAAAAAAAUUUCAAAGCUAUCAUUUCUCAUUCAUUUUUACCUUUUGAAGUGUAUUCAUGGGUUAACUAAUGUAUCAACUUCAGAUAUUUUGGAUUUUAUCCGAGAAGUGUUACCAGAUGCAUCCAAAGUGCCUAACUCUUUUAAUGAGGCAAAGAAAUUGAUAAAAGAUCUGGGUCUUCAUUAUGACAAGAUUGAUGCAUGUCGUAAUGAUUGUAUGUUGUAUUGGAAGGAGCAUGAAGCUGCGACGUCUUGCCAUGUUUGUCAUGCUUCAAGGUGGAAAGAAACACAGACUGAAAACCAAGAUGAUAUUAGCAAUCAGCCAUCUAAGAAAGUGCAUAAUGUCCCUGCAAAAGUUCUUUGGCAUUUUCCUCUUAAACCAAGGCUUCAAAGAUUGUACAUGUGUUCAGAAACAACAGAGCUAUUGAAGUGGCAUGAUGAAGAAAGAGAUAAAGAUAAGUUAUUGAGGCAUCCGGCUGAUGGUGAGGCGUGGAAAGAGUUUGAUCUAAAGUACCCAAAUUUUGCUAAAGAAGCACGUAAUGUUCGUUUGGGGCUUGCAAGUGACGGAUUUAAUCCAUUUCGAACUAUGAGCACACAACAUAGUACAUGGCCUGUUGUUCUAAUUAAUUACAACUUACCACCAUGGUUGUGUAUGAAGCCAGAAUUCUUGAUGUUGUCUCUCCUUAUUCCCGGGCCCACCUCUCCUGGGAAGGACAUUGAUGUCUACCUUCAACCAUUGGUUCAAGAACUUAAAGAUCUGUGGGAGUAUGGGUUGGACACCUAUGACACGAAGAAGAGACAAACAUUCAAGAUGCAUGCAGCUUUACCAUCAACGACCAGUGACUUUCCAGGUUAUGCUAUGUUAUCUGGUUGGAGCACCAAAGGGAAGUUUGCAUGCCCCUAUUGUCACUACGAGACUGAUCAUCAUCACUUGAAUAAUAGUAAUAAGUCUUUCUACUGUGCUCAUCGUCGAUGGUUAGAUGAAAAUAAUCCUUGGCGGCAUGAUAUGAAGUCUUUUAACGGAGAAAAGGACGAGAGGACAACUCCAAAUCCUUUAACAGGGACUCAAAUUUCAAGCUUGUUAGAAAUUUGGGAAAACAAGUUUGGAAAGUUACAAACAAAAAAGAAAUAUCCAGAUUGUCCAUGGACAAAGUCCUCUAUCUUCCACACUUUGCCAUAUUGGAAAGAUUGCGGGUGUCGCCAUCAUUUGGAUGUCAUGCACAUAGAAAAAAAAUAUAUGUGA